UCCGCCUCUUUUCUCUCCGAGAAGACGACCAGCCAUUUUAAGUCAAUGAGUCUUCAAUUCACAACGCUACUGUAGGACGGACAGCGUCAGGACCCAAUUUCAUCAAAAUUUACCUUACAACUGUUAGUGGAGAAUUGACUACUAUGAACUUAAAACGCUCCUUAAGCCAAAUAACCAGUAGAUCCAAGUGAAGUGACGCAUAAGCCAGUAGAAUCCAGUCGAGUUGUAAUUUUUGCACCUCCAUGUAGCUAGAGGAAAUGGCUGUGGAAAGCAUGACUGUCCAUCCAAACUCCCCAACUACCAACCACGAACACAACAGUCUCCUGACUGACGAAAGACGGGAGGAUGGGGAGCUGGAGGAGGGGGAGCUGGAGGACGACGUGGGUGAGGUGGAGGAGGAGGAGGGGAGUGUAGAGACCCAGGUGGCCUCCGGGGCAGGUGGUGGUGCUGGAGGAGCAGGAGGCGCUGGCGGGGGCGGGACGGAGCCCGGCGGCGAAGGAGGCGCGGAGAAGCUGCGAGGCAGCCGGGAGCGCCACGCCAGCACGGGCUCGGACGAGGAGCGCUCCCACCGCCGCAAGCGCAAGAGGAAGAAAGAGAAGGAGCGGGAGCGGGAGAAGGAGAAGAGGAGGGCCAAGAAGAGACGCAAAUCCAAGCACAAACGUCACCCGUCCUCUGAUGACGACCACUCCGACUUCAGCGACGACUCUGACUACAGUCCCAGCGAGAAGAGGACGAAGUACCGGGAGUAUAGCCCCCAGUACCCCCCUGCUGCACACGACGUCUACAGCGGCCCCAAGAAGGGCAACUACAUGAAGAUGGACAAGCAGAACUACGGCGGCUACGACGAAUACCAGGAGGAGAACUUUGAGGGUGAGGAGGACCAGGAGAAUCCAGAGGAAGAGUACAACGAUGACUUUGCCAAGGAGCUCAACCAGUACCGCAAGGCCAAGGAGGUGGGAGGGGGGCCAGGAAACCGCGGAGGGCGAGGAGGCAAAGGUCGGAUGAAGAACCAGCGAGGUCGUGGAGGGAUGAGGGGAGGUAGAAGAGGGAGAGGAGGAAGUAGAGGAAGGGGGGGUCGAGGAGGAGGAGGAAAGAUGGGGGGAGACAACGACCAUAUCGAUGGCUACGGAGGGGAAGGAGAGAUGGAGUAUGGCGAGGAUGACUAUGAUAACAUGGGAGAGGAAGACUAUGAUGAUUACUCUAAGGAGCAAGGCCACUACCGCAAGUCCAAAGACCGUGGUGGCAGAGGAGGCAAAGGGGGCCGUGGGCGGGGCCGGGGUAAAGGGGGGCGUGGCAUGAAUCGAGGCAAGGGGAGGAACCGAGGGAGAGGAGGGAGAGUAGACCAGAUGAACGACGAAGACAACAAUGGAGACAUGGACAAUGGGGAUGACGGAGGUGUAGGAGGAGGAGGAGGAGGAGCAGGGAGGAGGAACCCUGGGGACAAGCACCCUGAUAAGAAGGGGAAGGCCAUCUGCAAGUACUACAUCGAAGGCCGCUGCACCUGGGGGGACCACUGUAACUUCAGCCAUGACAUCGAGCUGCCCAAGAAGAAGGAGCUUUGCAAGUUCUACAUCACUGGCUUCUGUGCUCGGGCCGAGCACUGUCCCUACAUGCAUGGUGACUUCCCGUGCAAGCUGUUCCACACCACGGGGAACUGUGUCAACGGAGACGAGUGCAUGUUCUCCCACGACGCCCUCAACGACGACACCCAGGACCUGCUCAACAAGAUGCUGGCUGAGGAUGCCGAGGCCGGUAUGGAGGACGAGAAGGAGGUGGAGGAGUUGAAGAAGCAAGGCAUCAACCCGCUCCCUAAACCCCCACCAGGAGUAGGCCUCCUCCCGACCCCUCCCCGGCCCGGGCCCCUGGACACCGGCAACGGGCCCGGAGACUUCGGCGGGCCGAUGGGGGGUGAUUUCGGACCCCCGCCACCCGGACCCAACCAGGGCCCUAUGCUCAACAAGGCUCCCCCAAUGCAAGGGCCCAUGACUGGGCCCAACUCCAUUCCGCUCCCCCCGCCCUGCUCCGAAGGAGGACCCUACCAAGGGGGUCCUCCGAACCCCAACGGACCACCUCCCCCCGUGGGCCCUCCUCCUCCUUGUGGAGGUGGAGGUGGUGGCGGCGGUGGUGGUGGUGGUGGAGGUGGAGGCUGUGGACGGAUUCCCUCGUUGUUUGAGAUUAAAGUUCAGCCGACAGGACAACUGGCUCACAAACUGGCUACAAGGAGUCAGACCCCCAGCACAACGCAGGGCCAGACCGGGACCACCUCCUCCCAAGGGGCCCCCGGCGACGCCCCGGUGCGCUUCCCCGGCCCCCCUGGCAUGAUGUCCCCGGACAUGACCCAGGGGCCUCCUCCCAACAUGCCUCCCGGCGGGCCCCCCAUGAUGGGGCCCUUCGGGCCGGGCGAUGGGGGCCCUCACGGAGGCAUGAUGCCCCUGGGACCCCCACCCAACUUCUUUGAGAACUUCUUCAACCAGCAGCAGCAGCAGCAGCAGCAGCAGCAGCAGCAGCAGCAGCAGCAGGGCAUGCAGAUGGAAGGCGUGGUGGAGGAAGGAGACAACUUCCAGGGCCCCCCGCCGACGGGAGGAGGCGGACCCAAGAAGUUCGGCGACCACUCGGGAGGCCCCGACGGCCCGCCCAACAGCGGCUCGGCCAAUCACGGAGGCAUGUCGGUGCCUGACUUCCUGCCCCCGGCCCAGCGCGUCCUGUUCAUGAGGAUCCAGCAGAAGCAGCAGGAGGAGGAGGAGAGGGCCCGGCGCCUGGCCGAGGGCGGGCAGGACAAGGGCCGCGACAUGGAGGGUGACUCUGGGAACUGGUACUCCAGCGAGGACGAGGACGGGGGCAGCAGCGUCACCUCCAUCCUGAAGACCCUCCGGCAGCAGACCAAGGCGCCCCCCAAGCCCGAGGGCCCGCCCAGCGACCCCCGCCUCCAGAAGGCCCCCGCCCCCGCCCCGCCGCUCGCCAGGCCCGCCGACCCCCGCCUGGCCCGGGACCCCCGCCUCACCCGAGCCCCCGAGCCCGUCCCGGAGCCCGCCCCCCCGGGGCCCCCGGCCGACCCCCGCCUGGCUCGGCUGGCCGGGCCCCCGGCGCCGCCCCCCGCCGUCCCCAAAGCCGAGCCCCCCCUGGUCUACAAGCCCCCGCCUCUGCCCACCCUGGCGGUGGAGGAGGAGGAGGCGGAGAGGGUGCUCCGGGACAAGCCGGUGCCCAUCCCCCUGGACCCCCUGAUGGGCAUGGCCCUGCGGGACCCCCGCUCCCAGCUGCAGCAGUUCAGCCACAUCAAGAAGGACAUCGUGCUCCACCUGCCGGCCUUCGCCCGGACCGUGGCCUGGUCCCCCGAGGACCUGCUCCCCCUGCCCGUCCCCAAGCCGGACCCCCUGCCCCUCCCGCCCGGCAUCCCCCCGGUCCCCUCCCAGGACCCCCGGCUCUCCCGGGCGCCCCCGCCGAGCCACGCCCCCCCGCCCCCCUCCCUCCCCCACCCGCCCCCCUCUCUCCCGCCUCCCCCGGCGAUGGAGGGCCCCGCCGGGCCCCCGCCCUCCUCGCUGCCCGACUUCGAGCUGCUGUCCCGCAUCCUGAAGACGGUCAACUCCAGCCCCACGCACGUCCCCUCCGUGCCCCUGCUCCCCACGCCGCCCCCCCCGCCGCUGUCGCUCCUGGGCCCCCCUCCCCCCCUGCUCCUCCCACCACCGGCGGACAAGCCGGUGGACCCGCGGACGAGUCGCAAGCCCCCCGCCGACCCGCGGCUGCUCGGCGACCCCCGCCUCCAGCCCCAGAAGUCUGCCUUGAAGCAGCCGUCGGACCCCCUCCCUCCCCCGCUCUCUGCCGCUCCCCCUGCACCUCCCCCCAGCUCCUCCUCCUCCUCCCCUGCCACCGCGCCCUACGACCCCCGCCUGCUGUCCGCCGGCGGGGCGGGGCGCGCUGUGGGCCCCGGGGCACCAGGGGGCGCCAGCGUCCUGAGUGGCAUCAGCCUCUACGAUCCGCGGACUAACAAGCCGGGCAGUCCCGGGCCCAGCAACGGUUCCACCAGCUCGCCUGCCCCCGCCCCCGCCGCCGCCGCCGAGGCCAAGCCCAGCGACGCCCCGCCCCCCAAACCCAAGCCCAAGGAGCCGCUGUUCGUCCGGAAGUCGGCGCUGGACCAGCCGGAGCCGGAGAAGAGCGGCGAGCAGGGCACCGACCGCUACAACAGCUACAACAGGCCCCGGCCCAAGCCUGCACCCUCGCCCAACGCCCAGGCCCAGGGAGGGCCUGCUUCCUCGGGGGCGGCGGCCGCCGGCGCCGGAGCCCCGGGCCCCGCCGGAGCGGCCCCGGAGCAGGGGCCGCCGGGCGUCCACAACCUGCCGGUGGCCACCCUGUUCAGCAUGGUGAAGCAGGCGGGCAAGGCCGGCGGCACCGGGAGCCCGUUUGGCGGCAACAGCCCGGCGCAGGCGGAGCUGACGAAGGCGGAGCAGGACAACGCCUCGCUGAAGGACGUUUUCAAAGGCUUCGACCCCACCGCGUCCCCCUUCUGUCAGUGACCCCCUGCCCCCCUCCACUGUACGUUGACCUCUGAACCCGUCCGACUGUCCGGUCAACCCCGGAACAUUGUUUUAAAAAACAACAACAUAUGAACGCUGAGCACAACAGUGAUGAGAAGGAGGACUGACGAGUGCACUGAAUCAAACUACUGGUCAACAUGGACUCCACUAACGCACGCACACGACCGAACACACACACGCGCACGCACGCACAUUUCUACAGUGUUGCAGAUUGGAUUCUAUAAGAGACUUUGAGAGUUGGGUGGGAGGUUGGAAGCCAGAUUUAUAUUUUAAAGGCAAAGAUGUGUAUAAUUGAAUGUAUCUUCUUCAGCUAUACAGAGCAACAUGCCGUCUGUAGCCGUACUUCUCCGCUUCUCUGCUUAUCCAGUUUGCCAUCCUCCACUAUAUUUCUUUUCUGCGCUAGGGAGGGGUUACUGCACUGCUUUGACAUUGUACAAGACCGCAAAAGUCCCAGAAACAGAAGCCAUGUUGUCGAUGUCUAUUCAUGUGUAAUCACCGUUUAUUUGCUCAACCAAUCAAAUGCAUCGUUGGUUUCUGUUCUGUGUACUGCAGUAGAGAGAGAAAUGACAGACUGAUUAAAUUCUAUUCUUGGGUUUUCCACAUUUUUCUUUUUAGUUUGUGCACGAUUUGCAUUUGUCGAGUUUACGAGUCCUCUUUGGUUUAGAGAUUCCCAGUCUUCUCGUCAUCUCUCGAUGUUUUAUUGAAGUCGGUUUUUCAUUCGCAACUGUACAAAGGCAGCGAGUUUAGCAAACGCAAUCAAACCUUUGACCUCAACGUUACGGCAUCAGUGGCGACCGCGGGGCGUUCCUGUCGGCCAGACGUCACCAGCUGGGGUCCUUCUGAUUGGCUCGUCGUCGGGCACGGCGGUCUACCUGUGUGAUUGGGCUCAGCCUGCUGAUGAUUUGCUGCCCUCACACACAGCUGCCUCCUAGAGAGCUGUCUAUCAAAUGACCUACGACCCCAAGCAUAACAUGGUCAAUUUGGAAAAGUAAACUUAAGGACUGUAGGGUUCUGUCGUCUUUCAAAUGUGCGUUAUUUUAAUUUAUUUUUUAUACUCUUGAGGACGCCGGUGGGGUGGGGGAGGGGGAGAUACGCCUGAUGGCAUUUUGGGUCUGAAUUGUUUUAUAUUCUAAUAUGUUAUUAAUAAAGUAUAACCUGGUGGUCUCACAGCCUGGGAAUAUGUAAAGAGAGAAUCAAUUCCCGUGUAUUGUUAUUUUUUUAAUUUGCCCUUCUGUAUAAAGAUUUAAAAGUGAACUAAAUUCUAUCGUCUCACCUUUGACUUUGAGAAAAGGCUUCUGGGAAGUGGAGGUAUCUGCUUCUCGGGACAUUACGUUUGUCUGUCCCUUCUUUUCUUCAGAGCUAUGUUUGUUCUUCAGUUUUUUUAAUUUUGUAAAUUAGAUUUUGUUUUCCUGCAUUGUAAAUGAGCUGUGUCGUGUCUUUGAGAGGCGUUUUCUAACCGUUCACUGUAGGGGAGGUUCUGAAAAAUAUUUAAAUAAAGGCAGUACAUGAUCAACCAGAUAACACCCAAGGCUGUUUCCUCUUGCUUUACUAAUAGUUUCAUUAGUUUGUGUAUAAGCUUAAGACUUCAUAUCGUUUUUGUUGGGAAAAUGAAUAUUCGUUCAUGUCAAUUAUGGGUUUGUAUUGCACAUAUGGCAUAUUGUACAAAUUAAAACCAGACAGUAGCUGCCUCAUCAUGCCCACCACACCUUGUAAAUGUUCUUUGUGGUUUACGAGAAAGAAUACUUUUUUAUUUCCAUGUCAUGAAAAGACACUUAUUUGCUGCAAGAAUCUGCCUGCAAGAAUGACUGUUAAGUACGGUAGACAAUGCCAAUGAAUCACUGACUUCUCAAUUUGACGUAGGCUGCACAUUGCGGAUGUGUUCCUUGGAAUCAACUGGCAUUACAUCCAGUAAAAUGAGGCCUUCUGUCUUGGUUCAAUCACAACUGUGAGAAUUUGGUUAGUUACCGGAGAAACAGAUGGGUCGAAUCUAUGACUUCAAUCUCACAUUGAAUUACUCUUAAUAUUCUCCAUUUAAUUGUAAUACUUUUAGCAUGAAUAGGAAUCCGCUGCAAGCGGCUUUGAUAAAAUCGUCAGCUAAUUGAGAGCUGGAAUAGUUCAUAUCAAUUAUUAAAUCCCAUAACAUCAUUAUGGGUUUGCACAGCAUGAAGACGGGGAAUACAAAACUUUCAUAAUCACAGUUUGGAGCUCUCCUUACUUCCCAGAAACCUCUGAAGGAUGAACUUGAAGAUUGUUGUGUUGAUCUUGUAUUGAUCUUAAACUGGAGCUGUCCUUUGAUGGUCCUCCUGGGACUAAAAAUACAAAUCGUUUUGGCAUGUUUUUGAACCUAUCAACAGGGGGGAUUUUGGCCUGGU